CAGCAGCGUAUAGUCGAUAGCCGAUAAGAAAUCGCACUCUUUCGAUAAAUUGUGUUGUGCUGUGCUUUUAGUUUGAGGUUAAUAACAAAAAAAAACAACAAAUACAAGAGCCGCCCCAAAACAAUUUACGCAACGUCUGUGUGAACAACGCAGAAAAACAAGGAGCGAACGUGAGAGUGUGUCAAUAGACAGAGAGCGAGAGAGCAAGAACGCUGCGUACACAUGGCAACCACAGUGGCAAAAGUUGGUAAAUCAGUUCACCGCAUUUUUGUGGGCAAUCUACCGUGGACAGUGGGCCACCAAGAAUUGCGCGGCUAUUUCAAGGAGUUUGGGCGUGUGAUCAACGCCAACGUUAUAUUCGACAAGAAAACCGGUUGCUCCAAGGGUUACGGUUUCGUUAGUUUCCAGAGUUUGCAGGCGCUCGAAAAAAUUGAGAACGAACAUAAGCACAUACUUGAAGGCAAUUACCUCAACAUACACAAGUCAUAA